AUGAGAGCCAUAAGAGUCAAGGAAUCACCAUUAUUCAUAGUGACAAAGUUCAAUGACAUUCACACUCACUCACUGGACUAUCUCAACGGAAGUCAUAGGCAAGCAUCAGGGAAGGUGAUUGAGAAUUGCAUUAAAGGAAAAUAUGAUGGUGUGGGGAGAUCUUCGAUGAGACGUGUCAUCAUUGUUGACGGUACCUAUCUAAAGGGAAAGUAUCUUCGCACGCUUUUUAUUGCAUCUGCUUUGGAUGGUAACAAUCACAUUUAUCCUAUUGCUUUUGCUGUUGGAGAUUCGGAGAAUAACGAAUCUUGGAUAUGGUUCUUCGAGAAAUUACGACAGGCAAUCUCACUUAAUGACUUCUCUGAAUUUGCUAUAAUUUCAUAUCGGCAUCAGAGUAUUGAAAAGACAUCGACCUUAGUUUUUCCAGAAUCAUACCAUGGUCACUGCAUGUUCCACAUCAAACAGAACAUGAAGGCAAAGAAAUUCGACCCUACAAUGUUUUCAAUUUAUUUGAAGGCAGCGAAGGCAUAUUGUGUUUUCGAAUUUGAGGUCCUAAUGACACAGUUGAGAUUAAUUGAUCCCCAUGCACAGAGUUAUCUACUUGAGGUUGGUUUUGCUAAAUGGUCUCGUGCACAUUUUCCUGGUCGGAGGUACAAUAUACUAACUACAAACAUUGCAAAGAGUAUGAAUGUUGUUCUUAGAGAAGCCCACCACCUUCCUAUAACAAUGUUGGUUGAGCACUUGAGGGAUUUGCUUCAGAGAUGGUUUUAUGAGCAACGUACAGAAGCAGCAUCUCUGAAUUCUAUACUCUACAAGGAGGUAGAUAAACAUCUACGGAAGCGGAUUGAUAGGUCUCGCAGGAUGGAUGUUACACCAAUAUCACAUAUUGAAUAUUACGUUCAGGAUCGAUGCGGUAAUGGUGAGGUUAACUUGCACAAUAGAACGUGUUCUUGCAAGAAGUUUGAUUUGCAGCAACUACCAUGUGUACAUGUGUAG